AUGCGACACAAUUGCUGCCAUGUCUCGUUCGCUUCCGUUCUCAAGAUCCUCAAUUUUCUCCAAGCUUUCAUCGGUGUUUCAAUCAUAAUCUACUCGAUUUGGAUGCUCGAUCAAUACAACCAUCACGUUCCCGUCGGUCCUCCUCCGCCGCAGCCCCCGGCGGCUCCAUCGCCGGAUUCUUAUUCCUUAUCUAGCUCAGGAACCGAGAUCAACAGUGUUUCUGAUUCCUUGAAGACUCCGAUCAGUUUCGUAUCGGGUAUCGUUCUCGGGUCUGGUGGAGAUUCGGGUUUCAGCCUCCGUUCCUUAGAUCUUCCAGCUCCAUGGUUCAUCUACUCAUUCAUGGCGAUUGGGAUUUUGGUCUGCAUCGUCACCAUCAUCGGUUUCAUAGCAGCUGAAGCAAUCAGUGGCUGCUGUUUGUGUUUCUACUCUAUUCUCAAAACUCUUGUCAUCAUACUUGAAGCGGCUCUCGUGGGAUAUAUAGCGAUUGACCGUCACUGGGAAAAGGAUCUUCCUUAUGAUCCAACCGGAGAACUCACUAGCCUUCGAGCUUUCAUUGAAGCAAACAUCGAUAUUUGCAAAUGGGUCGGGAUUGUUGUAGUAGCGGUCCAGUUACUCUCGUUGCUAAUGGCUAUGGUUCUGAGAGCUAUGGUUUCACCGCGACAAUCGGAGCUUGACGAUGAGGAUGACUAUGAGAAUCCGAUGAAUAGAGGUCGGGAGAAUCUUCUUGGUCCACAGGCAAACCAAACAUCUUCUGGAUCAAGCAAUAUCGACAACUGGAGGUCCCGAAUCAGAGAGAAGGUAAAAGAAAAAAAAGCUUUAAAUUUCUUGAUUCGAUUGAACGAAGUAGCAAAGAUUUAA